AGCCGAUCCGCGACCGAAUCAGUUGAUUGCAGUACACAGCCCGGUGAACACGUUCCCGUUGUGUAUUUUGAUUCCUCCUGUGUAUACUGUUGUCCGUGUGUGAUUUACUAUACAGAUAGGCUUGUCGCGUUAGUUGGCCGUUUCUUUAUCGAUCUGAGCCAGCAACAACAGCCACCCGCAUACAUAAUCGGCACCGGUAGGUGAUCUGAGUAUAGUGACAGACAAUUGAGCUUGUUUCUGGUCCAGUUCCGGCAGUGUUUCAUGUGGCAGAAGCUGAAAGUACCUUAGAUUUCCGGAAAGUCAUUCGCCCCAAUUGACUGGCGUUCAGUGCAAUUGGUCGACGGUGAAGUCAACGCGCCCCAAGCUCUCAAGGAAUCGGCAGCCUGUGAAGAAAAGCGGAAUUGUGGCAGCUUUCAGGUGGUUCAACAAAACGAAAAUCGAUUUCUUGCGGUGGUUCGCGGGAAAAUAAACAAGUGUUGUGCGGAACAGUUCAAAUUGCGUAGGUAACAGGCGGAGUAAAAAAUUGCGAUAAUUCGCAGUGUCUCCCGUAUAGAGGUUGCGGUUCUAGAGUUGAAGGCUUCAUGGUUUUCUGGUUUGAAUGUGCUUCGGAAAGAGGAAUAGUGUUUGGUUACGAUUUGGCACAGCAGUUCUGUGUUUUGAGAAAAAAAAGUGAAUGAAGAGAGUGAUUGGGCAUUAAACCCGUCAGAAGUGUAAUAAUUAGAUUUUCGAAACAUCCUCCAGCCAAGUGAUUUCUGGGUGUUUUAGCAGUAAUAGUUGAAAUAAUAAGUGCAUCGUCAGCGUCGGUAAAGUGACAGCCGUAACAGAACUGCCACAACAGCAAAACAAGCUGCGGAAAUAGCUCUCAUCGUGACCUUCUACACAACUUUACUGCAACCCGUAGGAUAGCAAACGUCCGUAGUGCAACGUAGGCUCUGUAGCUGGUGGUGGUCAUCAUUUAAAAUAAGGCUAGAAAAACACAAAAUCACAACCGGGAACGAAAGGAGUCUGCGUAAUAUACAAAAACUAAAAAGCGACUAGCGACGACAUCCGCAACUUGUGCGUAGUCAAAAUCCUCAAAAUGUAUUGAUCUCAGUAGUUCAUAAAUUCAAGGAAGUACAAUUUGCACACAUUCAUAGUCCGGAAAUUGUAGUCCGUUUGAAGGAGGGACAUAACCUGAGGUUAAGCUUACUGGAAGCGCGGAGCAGCUGCUGCCAGAUUACAAUUUGCGAAAGCGCGGAACGGGAUCCUUGUUUAGUUUCACUAAAGUAAACAAACAGAGGCACGUUCGCAGCCACAAUGGUGGACUACUAUAAAGUACUCGAUGUGGGUCGAUCUGCGACCGAUGCAGAAAUCAAAAAGGCGUAUAAAAAGCUAGCAUUACGAUGGCAUCCCGAUAAAAAUCCAGACAAUCCAGAGGAAUCAAACAGGCGAUUUAAGGAGAUCUCUGAAGCAUACGAAGUUCUAUCAGAUGCCUACAAACGACACAUUUACGACAACCGAAGCACACGGAAGAGCACCGGAGCUAGUUAUUCGACGGGCGGUGGCAUGCGUGACAGUAGCAAUUACACCGCGUACACCAACCGUGACUACAGCAGCGGCAAGUACUACGGCAGCGGCGGCAAUUACGACCACUAUGGCGGACGUUACGGCGGCGGUACACGGUCCGGCCGUGAAAAUAGCCGUCCAUUUUCGUUUCGAGGAUUUUUCGAGACAACACCAUUUUUCCGCUUUUUCGAGAAAAAACGUCGAAUCUACGAUCAGUACGGCAAGGAAGGUCUAAUGAGCAAUGGUUCUGACCGGUACCACCAGAGCACACGGCACCGUCGACACAAUGGCGGCGGCAUUCAUGACGAGUUCGAUAUCUUCGGUGGAUUCCCGUUCACGUUCCGCGAUCCGGACGAGGUGUUUAGAGAGUUCUUCGGUGGUUCCCCAUUUGAGGAGAUCUUCAGGGUACCAUCCCACAAUGGACGCCGGGCAAAUGGAGCCAGCAACGGACAAAGACACUCCCACCCGCAAAACGUAAUCAGUUCGCCGUUCAUGUCCCCGUUUAUGAGCUUCAACCUGAUGGACGAGUUCUUCAAUGCGGACCCGAUGGCGCACCGGGGUGGCGGCGGUGGGUUCACCUCGAUAUCCGAGUUUAGCGUCGGUAGUGGCCCGAUGAAGCGAACAUCCACCUCGACAACCUUCGUCAACGGGAAAAAGCUGAUGACGAAAAAGGUGUACGAGAAUGGCACUGAAACGAUAAUGUCGUACGAAAACGAUGUACUAAAAUCAAAGACUGUAAACGGAGUCGCUCAAGCAAUUUCCAGUUAUAACCACUAGAGACCGCUAGCCGGAAGUAGAAACGAUGAUAGUAAGCAGAGAGAAAAAAAAGCGAACGCCAGAGACGGAUGUGAACCAAAAAUAAACUUGAUGGAAUGAAAGAGACAAAACAAAAACAACCCGUAUAGGAUUAAUCAAGCAUUGCAAAUGAACUAUACACUUCUAGUACUAUUAACUAGUGAUUUAGCGUUUACUAUUACUACACAGCAGCAACACAUUAUUUGAACAUAACACCGCAAACCACCCAAUAGGCAAGGAUACAUUUGGAUCCGAAUGGUGCUGGCGGGGUAUUUAUCCCGCAGUUUAGCACCACAGUGAUUGCCCAACAGACCAGAAUGGCUGCAAUGCCAUCAAACAGAUUUAUAUAGCACACAUGAAGAAUAAAACCGAAAUAACAUAAAAUCAAACAAUUUACUAACAAAAAAAAACAUUUUUGUGUCACCUACCAUAACAUAGAUGAGUAAAGCGUUUACCGACAGCUGACAUUAAUGCAGCUUAGACAGUUAGGCUACCGAAAAAAAAAGAAAAUCAAAUUUACCAUUAUAACCGUUGUUGAACAUGAGAUCGUAAAAGCUAUUUAAAAUCAAGAAAAUAACUCCCGUUGUCGAAAACGUAAACGAAUACAAAUUUCAAUAUCCAAUACAAAGUAACAAAACAAAAACCCAUCACCGUGUAUGUAUGUAUGUAUUGGACAUAAGACGUAGCUUUUUUUUUUUUUGAAGGAGAUAAAGCCCGUUUCUAAUUGUUUCUAGCUGUGCAAACCGGAAACAAUUCGUUUUAAUACGAUUGUUUUUUGUAAUGGGGUGUAUAAUUAGGUGUAAAAGAACUACACAAUUCGAAACAACUCAAACAAAAUCAUACUUCAUAGGUCUGUAAUAAUAAGAAUCAUUUUCUCUUCUGUGAGCCACCACGAGGGCAUAUGACUUGGGUCCGUUCGUUAACUGUUUGAAUUACGCUAAGCUUUAGGUUGUUGACAGACUGCUGCAUCCUAUCGAGAGAGUGCGCAAACUGAUUUAUAUCACAGCUUUAUAGUUAUGUACUUUACAACACUAGUUUUACAUUUAAUUCUAAUGUAGAACAAUUCACUACCAUCAAGACGGACAUUCGUGUGUCGGAGAAGCAAAAAUAAAAAUGAAAACUACAAUUACGAUUUCGCCUUACGUACAACUUAGUUUCGUCGUACGCCGCGACAUGGAACCUUGCUAAUGAUUUUCAUUUUACGAACUUCGUUUUUUUGGUUCCUGGGAGAGGGAAGUCCCGGCUUAAUUUGCCAUCGCUCUUAAGUGCUUCUCCGAUCGCUUAUCAUUAUCUGAUAAAUAAAUUCGUAGGCUAAUUGCACUGCGCGGAUCAUUGUGGGAGUGCGCGGAUAUCGAGAUAGGAAGCGAAAUGUGACAGAGGAUUGACUAGUUCAAUUUUAGUUUUGAGUUUCGAAGACCAACAAAGGUUAAGUAUAAUUAGUGCGUGUGUUCUGGAUUGAGAGUGUGCUGUCGCGCAGAUGAAGCUUCGAAAGCGACCCCAUCCCAUUGUGUAUAAUGUUCAUUUCCUGUUAAGUCGGAUGUAGAGUAGAGUAAGCGGGUGGAGCUGAAACGCGAACUGCGUUUUUACCAGGAUAAAAUGAAGCUAAACUAAUGAAGCGGAAUAAAAUAAAGCGAUGCAAAGUAAUUAAUUAAUGAAGCUAAGAAUAUGUUUUUUGUAGUGUAAUAUAAUAAAUUCAUAACAAUGUGUCACAGAACAUAAAAAAUGACGGAAUCCGAUACAAUUGUUGCAAGUAGCUGAUUAUUAGCACACUGCAGUAAAUAAAUGGAGAUAUCGAUAGAUCGAAGCAUAUGUUACAGGACAAACUAGCAGAAUAUACUAAUAAAAAGCAGUAGUAGCAGCAGGGAGGUGCAGCGAAUUUUAAGCAUUAAAGAUUUCUAAACGGUAAAGCAAA